AUGGCUGAUUGGAACAAGAUGUUGAAUGAGAAUAAAUUCUGCAAGAGGAAGAUUUACAGGCAGUUACUCAGCAAUAGGCAAGAUGUGCCUUGGAAAAAAUUGUUCUUUGAUAAUGAAGCAAGACCUAGGGCAGGUUUCACAUUGUGGAUGGCAUGCCUUGAUCGUCUUGCAACAAAAGCUAGACUCAUGAAGUUUGGCAUUUUAGACAAUGAUCGAUGCAGCAUGAGUUCUGAUAGGGAAGAUUUGAAUCAUCUUUUCUUUGUUUGUAACAGGACCAGGAGUGUAUGGAAAGAGAUUCUUUUAUGGCUCCAUGAAGAUCAUGUUCCAUGUAAUUGGGAAUGUGAGAUGAAGUGGAUGGUGGAUCGGUGUAAACACAAAGGGUGGAGAACGACCCUGCUGAAAACUGCUUUUGCAGAGACUAUUCAUGCUUGUUGA